AUGUUACAUGAGGAAGCUACCAAGAAGAGCAAAGGAAAGGAUCCAGUGGCUCUUCCUCAGGGACGCUUGACUUUCAGGGAUGUGGCUAUAGAAUUCUCUUUGGAGGAGUGGAAAUGCCUGAACCCUGCACAGAGGGCUUUAUACAGGGCUGUAAUGUUGGAGAACUACAGGAACCUGGAGUCUGUGGAUAGCUCUUUUAAAACCAUGAUGGAGUACUCAUCAACAGGGCAAGGCAAUACAGAAGUGUUCCACACAGAGAUGUUGGAAAGACAUGAAAGUCAUCACUUUGGAGAUUUUUGCUUCCCAGAAAUCAAGAAAGAUAUUCAUGACUUUGACUUUCAGUGCCAAGAAAUUAAAAGAAAGGUCCAUGAAGCACCCAUGACAAAAAUCAAAAAGUUGACUGGUAGUACACACCGACAUAAUCAAAGACAUGCUGGAAACAAGCCUAUUAAAGAUCAGCUUGGAUUAAGCUUUCAUUCACAUCUGCCUGAACUGCACGUAUUUCAGACUGAAGGGAAAAUUGAUAAUCAGGUAGAGAAGUCUAUCAACAAUGCUUCCUUGGUUUCAACAUCCCAAAGAAUUUCCAGUAGGCUCAAAACCCAUAUUUCUAAUAGGUAUGGGAAGAAUUUUCUCCGUUCUUCAUUAUUCACACAAAUACAGGAAGUACGCAUGAGAGAAAAACCUUUCCGAUGUAAUGAGUGUGGCAAAGCCUUUAAUUAUAGCUCACAUUUAAGGAGACAUCACAUAACCCAUUCAGGAGAGAAACAACAUAAAUGUGAUGUAUGUGGCAAAGUCUUUCAUCAAAAGCAAUACCUUGCAUGGCACCAUAGAGUCCAUACUGGAGAAAAACCUUACAAGUGUAAUGAGUGUUGCAAGACCUUCGGUCACAAGUCAUCUCUUACACGCCAUUAUAGACUUCAUACUGGAGAGAAACCUUACAAAUGUAACGAGUGUGGUAAGACCUUCCGUCAGACAUCAUCCCUUGUAGGCCAUCGUAGACGUCAUACUGGAGAGAAACCUUACAAAUGUGAAGAAUGUGACAAAGUUUACAGUUGCAGAUCACAACUUGAAACACAUAGGCGAAUUCAUACAGGAGAGAAACCAUACAAAUGUAAGGUUUGUGACAAGGCUUUUAGGCAUAAUUCAUGCCUUUCACGCCAUAACAGAGUUCAUACUGAAGAGAAACCUUACACAUGCAAUGAAUGUGGCAAGGUUUUCCGGCGUGAUUCAUACCUUGCACAACAUCAGAGAGUCCAUACUGGAGAGAAACCUUACACAUGUAAUGAAUGUGGUAAGGUUUUUAAUCAAAAAGCACACCUUGCAUGUCAUUAUCGACUUCAUACUGGAGAGAAACCUUAUAAGUGUAAUGAGUGUGGCAAGACCUUCAGUCAGAAGUCAUCCCUUGUAGGCCAUCGUAGACUUCAUACUGGAGAGAAACCUUACAACUGUCAUGAGUGUGGCAAGACCUUUGCUCGAAAUUCAUCCCUUGUAAUUCAUAAGGCAAUUCAUACUGGAGAGAAACCUUACAAGUGUAAUGAAUGUGGCAAGGUUUUUAAUCAACAGUCAAACCUUGCACAACAUCAGAGAGUUCAUACUGGAGAGAAACCUUACAAGUGUAAUGAGUGUGGCAAGACCUUCAGUCAUAUGUCAUCCUUUGUAUACCAUCAUAGACUUCAUAAUGGGGAGAAACCUUACAAGUGUAAUGAGUGUGGCAAGACCUUCAGUCAUAUGUCAUCCUUUGUAUGUCAUCAUAGACUUCAUACUGGAGAAAAACCUUAUAAGUGCAAUGAGUGUGGCAAAGUCUUUAGUGGGCAGUCAUCACUUAUUCAUCAUCAAGCAAUCCAUGGUAUAGGCAAACUUUACAAAUGUAAUGAUUCUCACAAAGUCCUCAGUAAUGCUACCAUCAUUUGCAAAUCAUUAGAGAAUUCAUAAUGAAGAGAGAUCUUACAAGUGUAGUAAAUGUGGCAGAUUUUUCAGACAUCAUUCAUAGCUUGCAGUUCAUUGGCGAACUCAUACUGGAGAGAAACCUUAGAAAUAUCAUGAUUGUGGCAAGGUCUUCAGUCAAGCUUCAUCUUAUGCAAAACAAGAGAAUUCAUACAGGAGAGAAACCUCACAACUGUGAUAAUUGUGGCAAAGUUUUUUUUUUUUUUUUUUUUUUGAGACGAAGUCUUACUCUUUCGCCCAGGCUGGGGUGCAG